AUGAAAACAGUUACUGCUGUCAUUGUGCUGCUGGCUCAGAUAUCACAUUGUUUUCCUAACUCAGAAAACUUUCAGAUCUACAAUGCUAAAAGCAACAGAUGUCUAUCGGAAAAAUUGGAAUCGCUUGUCACCUGCAACACUGACUCUCUCGGUCAGAAGUUCCGCUGGACAUCCGAGGGACGCAUAUUCAACAUUCACCUAAAAAUAUGUCUCGGUGUUGGGAGUAAGACCGAAGGUUCUAAAUUACAGUGGUACAUUUGUGACGGUACGAGCAACCUCCAGAAGUGGGAAUGUCAACGUGACAAACUGUUCGGGCUGAAAAAUGAAUCUCUGUUCAUGUCCGUUAAUGAGAGAGGGUUUAUUUGGCUGAGUCGACAAGAUACUGGAGAAAAGAGUGAAUGGACAAUAUACGGGACAAAGGACAGCAUCUGCUCUAAGACAUAUGAAGAGAUAUACACAAUUGGAGGUACCGGAUUUGGACAGCCAUGCCAUUUCCCAUUCUUUUUUGAAAAUAAGUGGUAUGCUGACUGCACAACAAAGGGAUGGCAUCAUCUAUGGUGUGCAACUGAGAGAUUCUACGAACCCAGCCAACGCUGGGGUCAUUGUCCAAUGCCCAGAUGUAGGUGUCAAGUACACUGGAAGACAAAUCCUCUGACAGGAAUACAUUAUCAGAUCAAUCAUCGGUCUGCACUUACAUGGCAUCAGGCCAGAAAGAGCUGUCUGCAGCAAGGCGCAGAUUUAAUGAGUGUCGUAGAACCUCACGAGCACACCUUUGUAGCAGGACCCACUCAACCUUUAGAUGUGAAACUGUGGACUGGUCUAAAUAGUUUGGAUCUGUCAAGUGGGUGGCAGUGGAGCAAUGGGCAACCUUUCUGCUACCUAAAAUGGGCAGCAGGGCAGCCGAGAUCUGCACCUGGAGAGCACUGUGCAGCCUUGGGCAAAUUUGGCUGGCAAAGUGAAGUUUGCUCAAAGAGGCUUGGUUACAUCUGCCAGAAAGGCAACACUUUACCCUCUGUUUCACCAGAGGUUCACAAGGGCUAUUGCAGCAGUCCUUGGAUCCCUUAUGCAGGACAUUGCUACUUCCUCUAUCGCGAGCAGAAGAAAACAUGGCUGGAGGCCAAAGCUGCUUGUCUUAAGGAUGAUGGAGACCUACUCAGCAUUCUCAACAUAGAAGAGCAAGAUUUUGUUGUUUCACAGUUUGGAUUCAGGUUGACAGAUGAACUAUGGAUUGGCCUAAAUGACCGGAAGUCUCAGUUGCUGUUUCGCUGGAGUGAUGAGUCUGAUGUCACUUUUACCAUGUGGGACCUGAAGGAACCCAGCCAUGGUGCUGGUCUAAAGAAGGACUGUGUCAUUAUUAGGGGGAAUGAGGGCAAGUGGGCAGACCAAGACUGUGAUAAGGUUUAUGGAUUUAUCUGUAAGAAAAAGGCACAUUCAAAUCCGUCCACUAAUGACACCGUGGUCUCAAACCCAGGCUGCAAACUUGGUUGGACUAGGCAUGGUUACUACUGCUACCUUGCUGGAUCAGAGACAGAAACCUUUGACAAAGCAAAACAAGCAUGUCAGAAAACCGGAUCUUACUUGGUUGAUGUACCCAGCAGAGUGGAAAAUGCAUUCCUUGUUAGUCUCGUGGGUACACGACCAGAGAAAUAUUUUUGGAUAGGGCUAUCUAACCAAGAGGAUCGCUACACUUUUAAGUGGACAAAUACAGAUGAAGUUAAAUUCACACACUUCAACACUGGAAUGCCAGGCCAGAGGCAAGGGUGUGUUGCCAUGACAACUGGAAGACUUGCUGGAUUAUGGGAUGUGCUGAGCUGCACUAACAAAGAGAAAUAUAUUUGUAAAUACCAAGCUGAGGGGGUGACAACAACAUCAGCUCCACCAACAAGUCCUGCUCCAGCCUGUGCUGAAGGCUGGGAGCCACUCAUAAACAGGGACUUCUGUUUCAAGUUAUAUGAAAGUUACUAUUCUCAUGAGAAGACUUGGUUUGAAGCUCUAGAUUACUGCAGAGCUGUUGGAGGUGACCUGCUCAGCAUCCACAGCCCUCAUGAUAGACCUGCACAAUAUCACUUUCAAUUUGAUGCAGCAUGGAUUGGCUUCAGUGCCCAGGAUCCUAAUGUUGGCUAUGUAUGGUCUGAUGGCACUUCGUCUGCAUAUGAAAACUGGGCUCCUGAACAACCAAACAAUAAAAACAAUAUGGAAUAUUGUGUUGAAGUAUACCUGGAUCCAUGGAAAUACUGGCAAUGGAAUGACAUUCAUUGUGAGAGCAAAAAACACUUGUGGGUGUGUGAGAUUCGAAAAGAGUACAAUGUUACUGAGGAUGGAUGGAUUGAAUUCAAAGGUAAUCAGUAUUAUUUUAGAGACCAUCCAUACGUUGCCAUGGAAGAUGCCCGUGCAUUCUGCAAUCAGAGACGUGCCGAUCUGGUGGUCAUCAAUGAUGAAGAAGAAAGGAUAUUCCUCUGGCAACAGUUGCGAAACUAUAGGUCAGAUUUCUAUAUUGGCUUGACAGUUGACCUAGAUUACUCCAUGCAGUGGAUGGAUGGAUCUCCAGUGGUGUUUCAGGCUUGGGAGGAAAAUGAGCCAGCCUUCAAAAACAACGAUGAAACCUGUGUUAAGAUGACACGCUCUCAGGGUGUUUGGGAGUCAUGUAAAUGUGGUGAGAAAUAUUAUUUCAUCUGUAAACGAAGUGAGGCCCCCCAUCCUCACACCACUCUAGCACCAACACAAGCCCCUAAAGGUGGUUGUGGCCUAGGAUGGAUGAAGUUCCAGGGCAAGUGUUACAAGAUUGAGUUGGACCAGAAAACAUGGGGAGAGGCGAGAGAGAGCUGCCGAGACAUGGGAGGGAACUUAAUAUCUAUUGUCAAUGAGCAACAACAAGCAUUUUUGACCACAAAGCUGCUAGGAGUACAUACAGCCCUGUGGAUUGGUUUUACCGCUCGGACCUCCGGAAGAUGGCUCUGGACAGAUGGAAGUGCUGUGAAGUUUACGAACUGGGAUUUGGGAGAAAAAGGGAAAUUUUGGGGGGCACAUUGUGCCAUCAUGUUAAGCAGGAGGGACUCUGGAAUGGGCAAAUGGAAAUCUAGGAACUGUGAGGAAACCAACGGCUUUAUUUGCAGACGGCCUUUGGAUCAUUUAAUUGAGCCAGAAACAACAGCUAUACCCCAAAGUUUCAUCAAAUUUGGAAACGACUCUUUUAAGCUGAUCCUCACUAACCAUACAUGGAAGGAGGCCAGACAACUCUGUGAGAAAGAAGGAAGUCACCUGGCCAGUAUCCGUGACCACCUUGCACAAGCCUACAUUCAACUGCAGACACAUAAAAUGAAUGAGCCAGUGUGGAUUGGACUAAACAGCAUUGAGACAGACGGUUACUUUCGUUGGAUUGAUAACUGGCAUCUGAACAUGGCCAAAUGGGGACCAGGUGAACCCAAACGCGACCACCCCUGUGUGUACGUGGAUGUGGAUGGAACAUGGAGGACUGCCCUCUGUAAUCAAACCUAUCGUAGUGUGUGCAAAAUCUCAACAGAUGUGGCCCCAACUGCACCACCCCAGUACCCUGGUCAGUGUCCUAAGGCAGAAGAGGAAGAUGACAUGACCUGGCUACCCUUCAGAGGACACUGUUAUGCAUUUGUGAACACUGAACAGACAUGGUCCAGUGCUUCUAUACAAUGCAAGAUGUGGGGAGCAUCCUUGCUCAGUAUUGAAGACACAAUGGAGGAUGAUUUUCUAAAGAAAAACUUGGAGGUUUACCGUGAUAUAUUUGCAUUUUACUGGAUUGGACUCUACAAAACCCACAGAGAUCAGUGGCUUUGGCUGGAUGACACUGUGGUGGACUACACUAACUGGGCAGAUGGAAAUCCUACAGAUAUGAAAUGCGCUGCAGUUUCUUCAUUAACUUCACAAUGGCAUUCUGAAUACUGUGAUGAGGUCCGACCAUUCAUCUGCAAAGCAGCCAGAGCUCCAGUUCCUACUCCAACAGUAUACCACCCAGACCCUGUUCCUGCUAAAGUGAGACAGGUCCAUGGCAGUGUGGUGGCUGUCUGUAUUUUUGCAGCGGUCAUACUUGCAGGAGGAGUCGGCGUUUUGGUCUACUACAGAAAAUCCAAUGGUUUUGUUCCACCCACGUUUCAGAAUCCCUUGUAUUUUACCUCAAACAACGGUAACCCAGAUGACAUUAACAAUGAUGACAACAAAUUAGUCGACCACACGGGGAUUAAUGAACGUUUAGACUGCGUUCCCACCUAA